GAACACCGCGCGGUGUGUUUUGUCUCGAAAACAUCAAUAGACAAGUUUUUUUUUUAGGAUUCUAGUUUUGGCGGUUUUUCGUGGGUGUUAUGAUUGUGGUAUUGUUACAAUAAUGUUAUUACAACUGCUUAUACUCGUUGCUUGCAUUCCAUAGACAUAUUGCAUUGUUUAAAUUUAUUUAUGCAACUACUGUUGAUGCGUGUUAUGUUAACCAAAUAUAAAACUCAACAUUGAAUAUACAAAUUCAAAUAAAGUAAUGGCAGAGAAAAUUGAAGAUUUAAAUCUACCUACUGCCCCCAUUCAACGUAUAAUUAAAGAGGUUUUACCAAGUAAUAUUAAUUUAUCUAAAGAUACAAAAUCGUCCCUGGCUAGAGCAGCAUCUGUUUUUAUUUUAUAUGUGACAUCCCAUGCUUCUCAGUUAGCUCAGAAAUCUAACCGAAAAACUAUGUUAGGUCAAGACAUUAUUGAAGCUUUAGAAAACUUGGAAUUUGAAGAAUUAGUUGACCCAGUAAAGACUUCAUUGGAUGAAUACAAGUCACAAGUAAAAAAUAAAAAAGGUAGCAAACAAAAGGGAGGAGAUGAAGAAUCUAUGGAAGUUGAGGAAGAUGAAGAACAGGAGCAAGAAGAUGUAUCAUAGGAAUAAAUAAGUUGUUGUAUUUAUGAUUAAAAAAUUAAACAUGUUUAAUUUACA